GGCCCAUGUAGUACGCAAUCCAUCUCAGACGAGGGAUGAGGGGGGGGGGCCAGAAAUCGCCAGAUCGAACUGCAAGGUGAUGGAUGGGUGUUUUCUCCGCGAAACUGGGGCUCUCUGGCUUCUGGCCCUGGCCAUCGAUCCCUGGAGCCGGCCCAGGCAGAGCAUACAAAACAUGAUGCUGCCCGUCGUCGAAAGUGCUGUGAGCCACUUGAAAGGCCUCACUUUUUCCCAUCAUGAGCCAGGCGUCUUGUUGACAAUCGACGACACAUUCACUCACGGCAGUUGAUCUGCAUCCACUCUUUACAGCCACCCCUACAUUCAUUUCCCAACACAUCUGUUGACCACACUCACUUUUCGUUUCCCGCAGCAUCCUCGCAGCCUUCAUCAUCAUGAGACAGUCACUGCUGUCUCUCGUGCCCGGCGUGCUCUCGCUCGCCGGAGCCGCAGCGGCCCAGGGCCUGACCGAGUCGUCGCUCGAGACGUACGUCGACUCGGUGACGCUGUCGAGCAGCUUCAACCCCAUCAAGGAGGCCUACUGGACCGGCUACGUGCACCACCGCCGCACGCCGCUCGCCGUGUCGCCCGACGGCAAGACGGCCUACCUGGCCUACCUCGACGCCUCCGACACGGGCGUCCACGUCCAGCCCAUCGACCCCACCACCUUCAAGGCCAAGGGGGCCGCCGUGACCGUCGCCGGCGGCAAGGAGGCCGGCGGCCUGGUCGCCCAGGACGACGGCUUCGCGCUGCUGACCAACGAGGCGAUGCCCUCGGGCACGGCCAACGCGCCGCCCGACAGCACGCCCGUGCCCGUGCUGUACCGGUUCGACGCGGCCGGCACGCAGAAGUGGAAGACGUGGCUGGGCGGGCCCGACGUCGCCAGCGGCCAGGGCAACAUGGCGGCGCCCGACCUCAACGGCGACCUCGUCUACUCGGCCAAGACGGGCCGCUACGCCGCCUACACGGUGGUGACGGCCUACAGCGGCGCGGCGCAGGGCCACUUCGGCGACGCCAUCAACUACGUCGAGGAGAGCUCGGGCGAACGUGUCACCAUCCAGGGCGCCACGUCGGCGUGGGGCUGCAGCCACAACACGGGCAUCGCGCUCGAGGCCGCCGACGAGGCCCCCUACGCCAGCGUGUGCGCCGAGGACCAGGGCGCCAUCUGGCUCAACUCGCGCGGCCAGGGCAUGAGCACGGCCGGCGUCAAGAUCUCCAACGAGAACGUCACCAACGGCGGCGGCGGCGAGUCGCUGGGCGGCAUGUCGGGCUCGUACAGCAACCUGGCCCGCUUCCAGGGCGGCGACGGCUACAUCUUUGCCUGGGUCUCGCGCGGCGCAAAGGACGUCACCACCAACGACUGGAUGGGCGACGGCUACACCCACGUCACCAACCGCACCAACGGCCGCAACGUCGCCAUCGCCACCUUCUCCGACAAGUACACCAUGGACGGCCAGCAGGCCACCAGCCAGGUCGGCGCCGCCGACGGCGACUCCCAGGUCAACUGGCUGACCACGGGCACCAAGGCCGACCAGAGCAACGCCCACGUCGCCACCUUCGACGCCACCUCCGCCCUCGUCACCUGGGAGGAGAUCGCCGACCCCUUCUGCGAGUACGUCGCCAUGGGCUGCCGCGGCAAGUUCACCGGCUCCAAGUUCCAGCUCGUCGAGGCCGGCAAGCCCGUCGGCGAGCCCCUGACCUCCCAGGACGUCACCGUCGCCGGCGACCUCGUCACCAUGCCCGACGGCCGCAUCUGCUGGCCCUACGUCAACAUGGCCUGGGACAUGUCCUCCCCCGUCGGCUGGGGCGGCUCAACGGCCUCCACCACCAAGAUGUCCUUCGCCUGCAUGACCAACGGCGCCGCCUCCGGCUCCGGCGCUGCCCCUGCUGCCCCGGCCUCCUCCAGCGCUGCUGCUGCUCCCGCCUCGUCGAGCGCCGCCGCCGCCCCCGUAGCCACCCCCAGCAGCACAUCCGCAGCCGCCCCGGCGACGACCUCGGUCCCCACCAACGCCAACGCCGCCCCCGCCCCCGAGCAGCCCGCCCCCGAGGCCCCCGAGACCCCGCUGCCCGCCGCCACCACCACCUCCUCCUCCACCCGGGCCCACAGGCCCCGCCCCACCAGGCGCCCCUACAGCAACGACGGCCCCUCCGCCCCGCUGCCCACCUCCUCCGCCGCCGCCGCCGCUGGCGAGCAGCAGCCCCCUGUCGCCGAGGCCCCCGCCGCCGAGACCCCGCUGCCCACCACCGCUGCUGAGGCCACCGCGCCCCGCCCCUCUAAGCGCCCCUGCCCCAAGCAGAGGCGCGCUGCUCUCCUGGCUGCCCGGGCUGCUCGGGCCUAAGGGCCUGGCUCGCGUUGUGCCACUGGGAGAAGAAGAUGGUGGUGGUGGUGGUGGUGUGGAGGGAGCGUGACUACUUUUCAUGUACAUAGUUCGGCCUUUUUGCUGCAUUUUGAAAGACUUCCUGGGCGCGAUCUGCGUGUUGUUUGUAGCAUCCAAUAUCAAAACUGAGCGUGUGACCUAUUGGUCAAGA